CUGUCAGAUUCCUAGAAGUUUACCGAGCAGAGGCGACUGGGGCUGCGCUCCUCUGCUGGCUGCUGCGCUGCUCGGUCUUCUGCUCGCAGGGAUGCAGCAAAGCACAGCGUUUCCCUCUUGGAGGUUGGAGAAGCUUACACCACUGUGUUGCUCAUUGGGAUCCGCAAAGAGGCCCGCUCACAAGUGCUACACCUCUCCAGGAACAAGCGCUACACUCUCACCCCAGAGCAGCUUAAAUGGGACAAGUUCAAGCUAACAUACAAGUACUCCUUUGCACUUAUUCCUCUAGUCAGCACAACAGCCACAGCACAGUUGCAGAAAAUGGGAAAAUGAAAACAAAUCCUUUGACAAAACACCAGAAAGAGUUGUAGUGAUGUUGAUUUUGGCAAGACAACGCAAGCACUGAUAUUUUUCAGUUGAAGUAGGUCGAGAGAAAGAAAUCAGACUGUUGUCGGAGUGGGUUAGUCGCACCUUAAUAGAAUUAUUUACCCCAAAUUGAAGAGCUAGUCAAUAUUUCUCAUCUCGUGUCAGUCAAGAUGACCACUGAAGCCUGUAGGACCCGCAAAAGUUCAAAGUGCAUCAUCUGGCAGUGAUCACCUUGCAGAGCUCUCUGCUUUUGUUUGUCAAGGAGGAGCAUAGAGUGCUGAACUCUCACACCCACCCUGUAAUUAUUCUUAGCUGUAUAACAAUGAUUCCAGAAAGACUUUUAUAAGAAGACUGAGGUGAACUACAGUGGCUUGAUCACUGGGUUUUGGUCAUCCAACAAACUUAAGUGAACAGUAGGCAAUCUGAUCAUCACUUACUAACUAUCCAUAUCAGUCUAACCUUAGCUCAGAUAAAAGUGAACAUGAAGUCUUAGUAAUAGAGCUGUACUUGAAGUGCUUGUGGGAAUUCUGGUCUGUCUGAACAGUAGCCAUUAUGUUUUGGCAGAAUCCUCUUCUGUUGAGGAAUGUGUGUUGAGACUAGUAUUAACUACAUAAUGCUGCUGUUUCUGAGCAGGUUGCUCUCCUUCCCAACAAACUUGAUAAAUGCCAGUGACACACGUCGAGGCAUUGCCAAGGCUUUUGGCAUGUGGAGCGACGUCUCACCGUUCAGCUUCAGAGAGGUGCCAGCUGACCAAGAGGCAGAUAUUAAGAUUGGCUUCUACCCCGUCAACCACACAGACUGUCUCCAGUCCUACUUGCACCAUUGUUUCGAUGGUAUCACAGGAGAAUUGGCUCAUGCAUUCUUCCCACCAACUGGUGAGAUCCACUUUGACGACCACGAAUACUGGAUUCUGGGAAACAUGCGCUUUAGCUGGAAGAAAGGGGUUUGGCUAACGGAUCUUGUCCAUGUGGCAACUCAUGAAAUUGGCCACGUCCUUGGACUCAUGCACUCCAUGGACCCGAAGGCUAUAAUGCACCUGAAUGCGACUCUGACAGGACGGAAGCUAAUCACACAGGAUGAGGUGUGGGGUUUGCAUCGUCUCUACGGAUGUUUGGACCGUUUAUUCAUCUGUCCAGCCUGGGCUAGGAAAGGCUAUUGCGACAGCAAGCGCAAGCUGAUGCAGAAGCACUGCCCCUCCAGCUGUGAUUUCUGUUAUGAGUUUCCUUUCCCCACUGUGGCUCCCACCCCGACACCCCCGAGGACCAAACACAAGCUCGUCGUCGAGGGCAAGAAGCUCACUUUUCGUUGUGGGAAGAAAAUAGCAUCAAAGAAAGGCAAAGUAUACUGGUAUAAGGAUGGAGAGCUGCUGGAGUUCUCUCACCCAAACUACAUCUCCUUGAAAGACGACCACAUCACCAUCGUGGCCAACGCCAUCAACGAAGGCACAUACACCUGUAUUGUGAAGAAAAAAGACAAAGUUCUUACAAACUACUCAUGGAGAGUACGUGUGCGGUUCUGAAGGCCACGCCAGUGCCAGCUCCUCUGCACACUGAACAGGAUGCAUUCACACACGGUCACAAACAGACCUCAAUCACAAGGGCACAUAUUUCAUUUUUAUUAAAUACUGUCUUUCCUGUAUUUUCCACAUUCAAAUGUCUGUUCAUUGACUGUCAUUGUGUUAAUUCGUUGUCAUAUGUGCAAAUAAUAAAUAUUCUGUGACAAGUA